AUGUCAGAACUGGAAGGACUAAAAGUAGAGCUUCGUGAUCUCCGGCGCGUACAAGAGGAACUUAUGGCCCAACAAGUUUCAUCCGUGCCAAACAGCAGUGUUCAACGCGUCCACAUCUCUGCAUUCAACAGAAGUCAUCCUAAUUUGUGGUUUGCGCAAAUUGAGCGUACAUUUAGACUAAACAACAUAGUAACGGAUGCAGAUCAAUUCGAUGUGGUGGCCACACACUUGGAAGACGAAACUUUACUCGCCGUAGAGGAUCUCCUGCUUCAUCCCUCAAACGACAAUAAAUACAAAGCUCUGAAAUGCCGUAUACUGGAAAAAUUUGGCGAUUCGAAUCAAAGUAAAUUACAACGAUUGUUGAAAGGCGACGAAUUUGUGGGUAUGAAGCCAUCUGAUAUAUUAGCCCAAAUGCGUCGACUGGCACCAGAUCAAGAUGACUUCAUCCGUCUGCUAUUCCUUCAACGGCUGCCGCCAACAAUACGACCAUGA